GGAGGGAGAGGGAGAGACAGAGAGAGGGAGGAUGCUGCUCGGUGUUCGGGAGCUCUGUUCCAGCUGAGACACGGAGGACCGGAGGAGGAGGAGGAGAUUGACGCAGGUCCGAGUGUUCGUACCUCCAGCAGCUCCAGGGCAGAAUGGAGAACGGUUCCGGUUCUGGUACCGGUGCGGUAACCGCGCAGCGCUCUGGGGGAACAGAAGAGUCCCGGCCCAGAGAGAUGAUGCAGCUGAAGAAGGAGAUCUCGCUCCUGAACGGCAUCAGCCUCAUCGUGGGGAACAUGAUCGGCUCGGGGAUCUUCGUCUCUCCGAAAGGCGUUCUGAUCUACAGCGCCUCCUACGGGCUGUCGCUGGUCAUCUGGGCCAUCGGGGGGAUCUUCUCCGUGAUCGGCGCUCUGUGUUACGCCGAACUGGGCACCACGAUCACCAAGUCAGGUGCCAGCUACGCCUACAUCCUGGAGUCGUUCGGAGGUUUCCUGGCCUUUAUUCGGCUCUGGACGUCGCUCCUGAUCAUCGAGCCCACCAGCCAGGCCGUCAUCGCCAUCACCUUCGCCAACUACCUGGUGCAGCCGCUGUUCCCCACCUGCGAGCCGCCGUACGCCGCCUCCCGGCUCAUCGCCGCAGCCUGCAUCUGUUUGUUGACGUUCAUUAACGCGGCGUAUGUGAAGUGGGGGACCAGAGUGCAGGACAUCUUCACCUACGCCAAAGUCCUGGCCCUCAUCGUCAUCAUCAUCACAGGCCUGGUGAAGCUGUGUCAGGGUCACACAGGAAACUUUGAAGCUCCCUUCCAGGGGUCGUCUCACGACCCCGGGGACAUCGCCCUGGCCCUCUACUCCGCCCUGUUCUCCUACUCGGGCUGGGACACUCUGAACUUUGUGACUGAGGAAAUUAAGAACCCUGAGAGGAAUCUCCCUCUGUCCAUCGCCGUGUCCAUGCCCAUCGUCACCAUCAUCUACAUCCUCACCAACGUGGCCUACUACGCCGUGCUGGACAUGAGCUCCAUCCUCGCCAGCGACGCCGUGGCCGUGACGUUUGCUGAUCACACUUUAGGUGUAAUGAGCUGGACGAUCCCCAUCGCUGUGGCUCUGUCCUGCUACGGUGGACUCAACUCCUCCAUCAUCGCAGCAUCCAGGCUUUUCUUCGUCGGCUCUCGGGAAGGUCAUCUCCCGGACGCUUUAUCGAUGAUCCACGUGCAGAGGUUCACGCCCGUCCCUGCGCUCCUCUUCAACUGUGCCAUGGCUCUGAUCUACCUGACGGUCCAGGAUGUGUUCCAGCUGAUUAACUACUACAGCUUCAGCUACUGGUUCUUUGUGGGUUUGUCCAUCGCAGGACAGAUCUACCUACGCUGGAAAGAUCCGGACAGGGCGCGGCCACUGAAGUUGUCCCUGGUGUACCCUGUGGUGUUCUGCUUGUGUACGGUGUUUCUGGUUGCAGUUCCCCUCUACAGCGACACUCUCAGCUCCCUCAUUGGUAUCGCCAUCGCUCUCUCGGGUGUUCCCGUCUACUUCCUGGGGAUUCACCUCCCCGAGUCCAAACGGCCGCCGUUCAUCACCGCCCUGCUGCGUUCUGUCACUCGGUUUACUCAGUUCACGUGUUUCUGCGUGCUCACAGACCUGGACCCGGUGGAUUAAGUCUUAAAUCACCUCUUCCUGCCCUGCAUGUGCCUCUGAACACACCAACACCACACACACACAGUGCUGGACACCUACGCUCAGGUGAAGGAGCGCAGUCAUGUGACCCAGGGCGUGUCCUCCUCUCAGGGACGAGUGUGUUGCGCCUUAUGGAGGACAUAAGCUGAUGGACUUCCGCUCGUCUUCAUGAACGUUAUUAAUCCGUCUCUGGGUCGGAGGUGUAACUGACCUUUUAGAAUGAUAAGUUUAUAAGCGCAACUUAUUUAUUAGCUACUUUUAUUUGUGAUGUUUUGGAUUUUUAGAAUUUCACACUACAAUGCAAAACUGUACGCCUGGGCAAAUGAAAAAGAUCUCUCAUAUAAUUUAUUUUCUGUUCAACAAAAAAACAAAGUAUAAGACUAUAACAUCUAUUUCAUUUACUUAAUUAAAACUCUUCUAGAUAAAAAGUUAUCAGCCCAAAAAACAAUAAAAUGUAAAAUAAUUAAUUAGUAACAGGCUCUAAAAACAGACAGAUUCUAUAUGUGAUUAAUAACAGAAAUAAAAAAAAAUUUAAAUGCUUUGGUUCUAAUUAAAGACAUUUUCACUUUAUAGUAUUUUUUGUAACGUUCUUAGGAAUCUUAUUUUAUGAUGUCAUUAUGAGGUCAUUGGUUGUGUGUGUGUGUGGAUUUGGAAAGGGAAAUCAGUGACCACAAGCCUUACAUGAUUUUUAAACAUUUUUUGUUUUUCAUGUCAUAUGGUUGAUCAGUACACACUUUAGAACAAAAUAACCUCAGAAUAAUAUUCUCCUACAGAUCUUUUUUUCUCCUCUGCUGUGAAACGUCGUGACCACAAAUCUGAUUUACAGGAAUUUAGUUUUUCAGAAUUGAUUUUUGCAGCAUAAUCAGGAACGCACAUCUAGAACUGCAUAUGUGUACACACACACACACACACACACACCAUAGACUCAAUCAAAGAGAAAAAACUAAUAUUGCUAGACAUUAUUAUAGCGAUAUACAUGAUAUUACUAAUAUACUAAAUAUUUUUCUUUUCCUAAAGUGUACACAUUGUUUUAUACAUAGUUUUUGGCUGAUUCUGUGUGUGUACCCAUCCAUCAACAUUUAAUUAUACUGCGUAUUGAUAUAUAAAACGCCCAAAUAGGAAAGAAAGAUGGAGUUUUUACGUCUAAUUUUAUUGUUUAGUGAUUUCCUGAUUUAAUUCACUUUUAUAAAGUGCAGCUGAGACAGAAGUGAUAAAUUAUUAUAACUGCAUCAAUAAACACUUCUCCAUUUGAAA